AUGGAGGUGGGAAAUCGCACAGUCCUGACUGAGUUCAUCUUGCUGGGCUUCUCCGCCAACCCCCAAAUGCAGCUGAUUCUUUUCGGCUUGUUUCUAUUGCUCUAUUUGGCAACCAUGUGUGGGAACAUGACUCUUGUGGUCUUAAUCUUGAUUGACUCUCGGCUGCACACACCUAUGUACUUUUUCAUUGGAAAUCUGUCCUUUUUGGAUUUCUGGUAUACAUCUGUGUACAGCCUUAGAAUAUUAUUCACUUGUCUCUCAAAAGACAAACGCCUUUCCAUUCCUGGAUGUGCUGCUCAGUUUUUCUUUUCCUGUAUGGCAGUCUACACCGAGUGCUAUCUGUUAGCAUCCAUGUCUUAUGACCGCUAUGUGGCCAUUUGUAGCCCGUUGCUUUAUUCAGCUAAAAUGUCCAGUUCUCUCUGUUCAGGGCUUGUUAUUGGUUCUUACAUAGGAGGGAUUUUGAAUGGCAUAGCCCACACUGCUAACACGUUCAGGAUGAGUUUCUGUGGAGAUAACACUAUUGACCACUUUUUCUCUGAUGUUCUGCCACUGAUAAAGAAGGUCUGUACAGACACUCGUGCCUAUGUGAAAAUAAUUGCUAUUUUGGAUGCCAUCACCGUCACCUCCUGUCUUCUUCCCAUCCUCAUUUCUUAUUUGAACAUCCUAGUGGCUAUUCUGAGGAUCCGCUCAGCUUCGGGGAGGCGCAAGGCUUUCUCUACUUUUGCUUCCCACUUGGUCUCCGUCACAUUCUUUUUUGGAUCCUUGCUCUUCAUGUAUUCAAAUCCUGGUUCCACCACCCACCCAGAAAGCAACAAGGUGGGCUCUCUGUUCUACACCCUCAUCAACCCAUUGCUCAACCCAGUCAUCUAUAGUAUGAGGAAUAAGGAUGUCAAAGAGGCCUUCAAGAAAGCAAUACAGACCAUACGACCACAGUCAUAA